GGGGCCGCAGGCCGGAAGUCGGGCGGGACUUGGAGGGUCCGUUGCGGUUGAUUUGGGCGCUAGACCAUGGUAAUGGUCCCUCCUAUAAGCAUCGCCGGUACGACCCCCCUAGGUAGAGCCAGUAGAAUUUGCUGAAUGUGAUCUGAAGGAGCAGCUGAAGGAUGCUCAGGACUGAUGGCCAAGCUGAAAAUUGCAGUACUGAGGAGGAGAAGUCUUAUCCCAAGGAGCACAUUUCUGAAGAUUUGGAAUCACAGGCAGAAAUACCAACAAUCGUUUGUUGGUGAUGUUUCUCUGCCUCCUACGUUUUUGGAGGGUUCACUAGUGAACUAUUGGAAAGUAGCUGGAGUGUCUCUGAAGCUGGGAGCCUGCUCCAGCCCCUCUGCUGGCAGGAAGACCUCACACCAGUGACCAUGUUUCUGAAGAGCCCCUUAGGGGAGAAAGGUCUGGUUUGUAAUGGUUUUGACAAAAACUUCAGUUUGAGUCCAAGUCCAUUAGUGGGUCAGGAAGUCUCUACAGAAGAGAGGCCAAGUCCAUACUACACGUCAGAGAACUUUCAACACAAUAGAGACCUAACAGGCCAGGAGGGGCUUCCUACAACUGAAAGCCCAUUCGUAUGUGCUGAGUGUGGGGAAGCAUCCCGGGGAAACCUUGACCUUGCUCAGCAUCAGGGAGCCAACUCUGGAGAGAAGUCUUUGAUGUGUUCUGAAUGUGGAAAGUCCUUUAGCCAAAACUCUAUUCUUAAAAAACAGUGGCAACCCUGCCUACCUGUGCAAGCCUACCAGUGUGGCAAGGGUACAAAAGUCUUUCCGGGGCAUACAGACUUUGACGGGCAUCAGGUUCACCAGCACAGUGAGUAUUAUGUAUGUAACGAAUGUGGAAAAGCCUUCAGCCAGAACUCAAGCCUUAAAAAUCACCAAAAGUCUCACAUGAUCGAGAAGUCUUACGAAUGCGGUGAAUGUGGCAAGGCUUUUAGGCGGAGCUCAAACCUCAUCCAACAUCAAAGAACCCAUUCCGAAGAAAAACCGUAUGUAUGCAGCCGGUGUGGGAAAGCUUUCAGGAGGAGCUCAAACCUCAUCAAACACCACAGGGUUCACACACGUGACAAGCCUUCCAAGCGCAGUGAGUGUGGCAAAGCCUUUAGCCAGAGUGCACACCUCAGGAAGCAUCAGAGGGUUCACGAUGGAGAGAAACCCCAUGGGUGUAGUGAGUGUGGCAAGGCCUUCAGCCGCACCUCAAACCUCAUUAAGCAUCAGAGGGUUCACACCGGAGAGAAGCCGUAUCCGUGCAGUGACUGUGGCAAAGCCUUUAGCCAGAGUUCUAGCCUCGUUCAGCAUCGGAGAAUUCACACCGGUGAGAAGCCUCAUGUGUGCAGCGUGUGUGGGAAAGCCUUCAGUUACAGUUCCGUGCUCAGGAAGCACCGAAUCGUUCACACAGGAGAGAAGCCGUACAGGUGCAGUGUCUGCGGGAAGGCCUUCGGCCACAGCUCAGCCCUCAUCCAGCAUGAGGGUGUGCACACUGGAGACAAGCCCUACGAGUGCCACGAGUGUGGGAAGGCCUUCAGUCGGAGCUCCAACCUCAUCCUUCACCAUCGAGUCCACACUGGGGAAAAGCCGUAUGAAUGUGCCGAGUGUGGGAAAACCUUCAGCCAGAGCUCAACCCUUAUUCAGCACCAGAGGAUUCAUAACGGGUUGAAACCUCAUGAAUGUAACCAGUGUGGCAAAGCCUUCAGCCGAAGUUCAAAUCUCAUUCACCACCAGAAAGUGCACACUGGGGAGAGGCCCUACACGUGUGUUGAGUGUGGCAAGGGCUUCACCCAGAGCUCACACCUCAUUCAACACCAAAUAAUCCACACAGGUGAGAGGCCCUAUCAGUGCAGUGAGUGUGGCCGAGCCUUCAGCCAGCGAUCCGUCCUUAUCCAGCACCAAAGGACUCACGCUGGACUGAAGCCCUACGCCUGCGCUGCUUGUGGGAAGGCUUUCAGCCAGCACUCCAAGUUGGCUAAACACCAGUUGAUUCAUAAGGAGUAGCCCAGAGACUGGGAGGGGUGAAGCAGAGCCAUGGUCCCUCUGGUUCUCCUGGCCUUUGUUUCAGCCGUCCACUCCCCAGACGGGCAGCCAGCUUACUGAUGACUGGGUCGAGCUGCCACAGAACCCGGGGCCCGCCUUUGGAACGCCCUUCAGGUCGCUCCUGCUGUUGCUGCCACCUUGUGGCCUCUCAACUGCAUUGUGUUUUUUUUUGAUAGUUUGAAAACAGACUCUUGUUAGUUAGAAGGAAAAGAUGGCAAAGGCUUCGUGAUCAGAGUUUGUUACCGUAAUCAAUGGGUGUGAAAAUAGGUAAUGUGACCUUUUUGACUGGAAGUAACCUCAGAAAUUCCUUUGUUGUUUAGCACUCAGUCACGGGAGUGGGCGUAGAUUCAGUGUCUAUUGUUGAUAGUUUGUUUACAUAAGAACUAGUGAGGGGUUUUCAGAUCCCAUUGCCAUCUUCCCUGGGGUAAUACUGCAGUGCUGUCCCUCCCACCCGACAUCUUACACCAGAGCUCCCUGUAGUCCCGAGUUCAUUCAUAUCUUGAGUCCUUCUGUUCUGCAGAGCCUCUAGCACAGUCCUCCAGCUUCUGUGCAGGACCCCAGAAGCACUUUCUUCAUGGCUCAUCUCUUCCUCUUCAGGUUCCAGGCCAUCUUUUCACACAUGUACCCAUCACCAGUUUUGGAGUACUUCCUGUUCGUGUCAGGCAGCCCAAAUAUCCAGAAUUGAGCUCACACUGGUCUGUGGGAGGGUUUCUGGCACUUAGAUGAGAGCUAGCAUUCUUUAGGAACUUGUGAAGCUGCUUCCCAUCUGCCAAAAACAAGUCAUCUCCCUUCCCUCUGGCAGAAGGGACACAUGGCUCCACUGACAUAUACCUGUGUCUGCAUAUGAGAGACCGGUUCACCCUCCAGGCUCCCUCAGCCCCUUCUCAGCAAUUGUUACACACUACAAGGCUCCCAUGUGGCCUCCUGACCCUUCUCACCUCGACCCUAGCUCUCUUAUGCCCCCCAACUCCUGUUGGUCUCAUUCCCUCCCCGCCUCUGUGUUUUGUUCUCUCUCUUGUUGUCCCCGUCUCCACUGUUCUGUCCCUCUCUCACUUCCCUAGCCCUGGACACAUCCAGGCUGCUCUCUCUCUCUCUCUCUCUCUCUCUCUCUCUCUCUCUCUCUCUCAGCUCUGGACUUCUCCAGAUGCCUCUCGAUAGUUCGUUCCCUUUCUUAUGCACAGUAAAAUCCUCAUCCCUACUAAUGGAGCUACCAUGUUGGCAGUUUCUUUACUGUGCCCUUUCGUUUACAUCUGAUGCCAAAACUGCGCAAACUGUUCUAUAGGAAGAUUUCUGGAUGUUUAAACUGCUCCAAACCAAAACUUUCUAGGUACACACACAAACACACACACUCACACAAACACGCACGCACACAAGUAUUAGCUCACUAACGUCUUCAUUUUCCCAGAGCUGUGCCUCUAGGCUUUGAACAGGGAGAAAGUUCAGGAACAACAUAUCUGUCCCCAGAAAGGUCCCUAGAUACCUACUAAGUAGAUAUAAGAGUGUCACAUGACAUAAACUAACCUUUCAGUAAACAAGCCUUUGUUAGAACACAGCCAUGCCCACUUGCUUUCAAAUCUCUAACAGCUUUUGCCGGUCAUAACAGAUACCAUAUGCUCCACAGUGCUGGAGUAUUUACUUUGUGGCCCUUUUCAGGGACUUUCCUAGCUUGGCCAUAGGAUGCUGCCCUUUAGUGUAGGGUGCACUACCUGUUAGCAUAGCAGGCUCUCAGGGUCAAGUUUUGAAGAGAGGCUCAAAGUUCUUGCAAGAAUUGAACUAUUCUGUGACUAGAAGCCUCAUCAAUGUGUGGCAUGCUUGCCUGAGAAUGGUGGAUGGUUCCUGAGCCACUGCACACGGUAUUUCGCCCUUUCUACCCCUUCCCCAGCACAACACGUUCUCAGAGAAGUAAGACCUUGUUACAUACAUGGGCUCUUCCUCUAGUCAAACUUCUACCAUGACAGAGUGGACCUGGUACAUGCAUACUUCCUAGUUUGUAGAAGCCCAGCUUAGGCAUUUUUGUUCACAGAAUAUUAGAAUCUCAGAAUCUCAAGGAGAGCCAAACAUCAAAGAAAGGUCCAGAAACAGCUCGUGUAACUGUCUUUGCAGUUGGGAAUCCCACUAUCGGGCCAGAGGGCAGAUGUCAACUUCUCUGUUUAACCAAGCUUUGAUGUGGUGUCCAGUACAGCCGCGGUCACCAUUAUCAGUGGUUGCUGUCCACAGACAGGAAAGCGCAAGACGUGGGGCCUAUGACCGAAAGGCAGCAGAGAACUCGCAGGCUUUUCCAUGAAGUUUUGAGUUAUUCAACAUGUCCAC